GUUAUCUACCUGGACAACUUAGCUCAUUAUUUCAUUUACACAACAUCAUAGUGAGUUUAAAGCUGGUUUGUUUGCUGAACUUGGUUAAAGGUUUUAAUAUCUAUAACAGUAUAAUAUUUAUAUAGAUUUGGGUGAUGGACCGGAGGCUUUAGAGAGUUUAAUCAUGUCAACUGUACUCUCUCAAACACACUAGCAUUAGCUACACUGCUAACAAACCUGGCUACUUAGCUUGGGAGCUAACAUUAAGAUAAAAUUGUAUUGAGCAGAGCUAAACAUUAAAAUGAGUAGCUGGUCAAAUAUUCUCCUUUCUUAUUAAUGUUUAAACAUGAAUUAUACAAUUGAAUAGUUCGCUGAAUGCAGGUGCACUUGAAAACACGGCUACCCAUUUUAAGGUCUCAACACAACACAAUAUUUAUCCUAAUGUUACUAAAUAAUAAACCUGACUGUUGGUUUUAAAUGUAUGAUAGAAAAUAUACUCUACUUUCCACAGCCUCUCAGUGCCGGUGAGAUGCGCGGCGCCUGGAGCGAUGUUCAGUUCCUCUCUGCAGACUCCUUCAGCUCCCAGUCUGAGUCAGUGGACAUCAGGAGAGACUUCCUUGGCAUGAUAAAGGGUCCAGAAACUCGAUUCUACUGGUUUGAAACCACAGAGACACAAUGCCUGCAUCACGAGGGAUUCCCUUAUUAUACCAAUGCAGAGGACUGUUUCACUGGCAUACAGGUCGUUGAGCCAAACCUGCAGCUGCUGCCCACUGAACCUCAUCACAACCCUUCAGCUGUCGUUCUGCCUCUCAGUGCCGGUGAGAUGAGCAGCGCCCGGCGCGAUGUUCAGUUCCUCUCUGCAGACUCCUUCAGCUUCCAGCAGUCCUGGGUAUUGUACAGUGCUGCAGCUGACACACACACUGGAGACUGUCACCGUGGAACUUGAGGACUAUGUGGUAAAUUUAUUACACUGUCAUGAUGUGUAUAUGUAGAUAAUAACUUGGAAUUUUGUCUGUUGUACAUUUAUCUGCAUUGUCAAUAUUUGUUUUUGUUUUUGUCUUUUUUAAUUAACAGCAACUCUUGAAAAAGGUGACCUGCACUUUCCUGUAUGCGGGUCCAGGUGGUCAGGUGGACACCUCCACUUGGGUGCAGGAAGAGAAUUGUGGCUCUCCAGACAGUGAUGCAAAAAGUGAACCAGACUGGGAGGAGACUGAGCAAGGCCUCACACCAGAGGAGAUGGAGCUACCAUCUUUCAUACAGAGGGGUUACAGACAUCAGACUGAAGCUGCGUGCUCUCCGUCAGGCGUUGUCUACUCUGCUUGCCAGCAUCCACAAACAGAACUUCUUGUUUGUGGUUGGAAAGAAGAUUGUGAUGCAUCUGGCAGCAGCUAACACCCAGGAUGUAUUUGGUGUGCAGCUGGCCUAUGAGUCUUUGGUUCGAUUCCUGAGAAAGCCUUCCUAUCAGGAGUCGAUUAUGACAGAGCUCCUCGGGGCCCAGCUCCACCAUUACAACUUCCUGGACGUCUUUUAUGAGCUGCUUCUCUUCGGCUACUUCUGGAACGGCUCAACACCUGAGGCAUUUGAGGGAGGAUUCUUGGAGCGCCUGUUUGCUCUCAUCAACAUGUGGGACAUGGACAUGUGGGAGCCUGCGGCAGGGCUGUACUUCACAGCGCUUAUUGAUCGGCUUACAGUGCUUUGUGAAGUACUGUUUUCACAGCCCCUGGAGCUCUACAGCGACUCAGUGGCCUUAUCGAGCGCAGUUUCACGGCUCCUCAGGCAGCAUGUCCAGCUGAUGAUGGACACUUUGGAGAAGCUCUGAGCAAUGCCAUUCCCUCUACCCACCCCUCUGCCACCCCAACCCCCCUUUCUCUUCAUGCUUUUAUCUUGUUUAAUUUACAAUUGAAAUUGUGGGACGUUCGUUAGUUCGUGCUAUCUCUUAACAUUAAUAAGGCAAAAAAAUUAUUCUUGCUAUAAUUAGACCCCCAAAAUUAAUCUUUUCUUCCCCUAGUUGCAUUUCAUAUUAGUUCUUUUCCAUCACUAUUUUUCCCUACAUUGCUCAAGCUCUCCACAAGUAAGUAUAAAUUAACUUAGUUAUUUUCAAUUAACUUCAUAUUUAAAAAAAAAAACAAAAAUUCUUCAUUAACAGGUCUGCACAGAGCCCAGGACUGAAGGACCGGUGUAAAAUCCCUCAUCCCUCAAUACUCAUCCCUUUAUACUCUACGCCUCAGUACUUUAUCCCGAUCCCCAUCACUCUAUUCUUUUCCUUUACAGCUGUAAAUAGAAUUGUUUGUAAAUAGUUUUUAUUUAGUGCUUAUAUAGUUUACAUUAAUAAAGGUGUUCAUUUGCUCCUAUUGCAACCUAAUUGUGAUUCUUUUUAAUCAUCUGUAUAUGUAAUAAUCCUUUAAGAAGCAACACACUGUUUUCCUACCCCGCUAAGAACUUUUCUGAGGGCAUCGUGCAGCUUAAAAGCUUUUCUGAGGGCAUCACGCAGCUGUUCGGCUCUGCUGAGGGCAUCGCUCUGCUUUCCUGCUCCGCUGAAGGCAUCGCUCUGCUUUCCUGCUCCGCUGAGGACGUCGCUCUGCUUUCCUGCUCCGCUGAGGACGUCACUUUGCUUUCCUGCUCCGCUGACGACGUCGCUCUGCUUUCCUGCCCUGCUGAGGACAUCGCUCUGAUUUCCUGCCUUGGUGAGGACAUCGCUCUGAUUUCCUGCCUGCUGAGGACGUCGCUCUGAUUUCCUGCUCCGCUGAGGAUGUCGCUCUGAUUUCCUGCCCUGCUGAGUACAGUUUGCCCAGAGGGCCUGGACCGCCAGAGGGAGGGAGCGUACAUUGGCGCUCUGGGAGAAGCGCCCUUGAGGGGGUACCUUUGUCUCUGCUGCCGUGUCUUUGCCACAGUGUUUUGCCUUAGAGUUAUAAUGUCUUUUGUAUUUUGUUUCUUUCUUUAUUAAAUCCUUA